UUUUAGUCUGCGUCGAAAUAUGGGGAGGGAUUCUGCUGUCCUGACAGUGGUAGGCAAGUCAUUCCACCACUGAGGAACCAGAACGGAAAACAGGCGUGAACGUGCAGCUCGACCGCCAGGUGCACGUAGAGAGGGAACCAUAAGGCGACCAGAGCUGGCAGACCGGAGUGGUCUAGCUGGGGAGUAGGGUGUAAUAUUUUAACACUAAAAUACUAUCAAGGAAAACACAACAAAGUUGUGAAAAAAGACUCAAUAUAAGAAAUUAUACUUAGCAAUACAGUAUAUUUUUAUACAAUAUUAUUAUUUCUUGAACCUUUUUCUUUGGUAAAUGCAGUACAACAGAAGAUUGCCAGUGAGGUGAGAGGUGAGGAAGAUUUGGAAGUUAAAAAGCAGGCAAAUAUUUCUCUAGUCGAGAGACAGAAAGGAGAUUUUAAGAAUCGUCGCAGGACUGGAACGCUUGUUAAGUGGUGGGACAGAUAGACAGACAGGAGGCUGUUUGGCUAAUUGGACGCAGGACGCUAAUGAAGCCUUAUGCUCUUCAGCUCAGCAGAGAUGACGGGGACUGCUUAUGGGAGAUAAUCAUCUAAUAAACCAGAUGACAAGUUUUACUUUUUACUUCUUUAGUAGAGUCUCCAAACUCCGAAGUAAAACGAAUUUUUUCCCAACGCAAGGGGAGGGUCAUGCUGUAAAUUAAUUGCCUGUCUAUUGCGGGUGAGUGUUUUGUAAACAGUUUGUACGCACGCUCAAUAUGUACUCAGUUAGUCUGCGUUUCCAUUGUUCAUUAAUGUCUCGGAAACGGUGGAAAACAACAUCAAUACAACAUGUUCAGGACUAAAUCAUUGCCAUGACAAUUGAUAAUAGAACUAGGAACUGCCUGACUACAUUACAACAGUAACAGUUAGGAGGGGGGGAGGGAGUUGAUUUCAUAGUUGCUAGGCAACUGUUUACUUGUAUACCAUUCUUGAUGUAGCAUACUUCACCUGGUCCAUACUCCUAGUCUAGUAGCUACCUUCCUUUUACUUUUGAUAUUUGUCUUUGUGAGAAAAUGUUUGCAGCUGCUUCCAUAUAAGUACAUAAUGUAUCCAUUACAUUUUAUUGGGUAGAAAUAAAAUGACUUAUUAACUAAUCACGAGACUUAUUGGUCUCCUGCUGCUGUAGUCCAUCCACAUCAAGGGGGCGACAUGGCUCGGGCAGUAAGAGCAGUCGUCUGGCAGUCGGAGGGUUGCCGAUUCGAUCCCCUGCCCGGGCUGUGUCGAAGUGUCCCUGAGCAAGACACCUAACCCCCAAAUGCUCCUGACGAGCUGGUCGGGGCCUUGCAUGGCAGCCAAUCGCCGUCGGUGUGUGAGUGUGUGUAUGAAUGAGUGAAUGGAGAAGCAUCAGCAUUGUACAGCGCUUUGGACAGAGGCGCUAUAUAAAUGCCUGCCAUUUACCAUUUAUCAAGGUUCCACGCGCUGUGUGUUCAGAGAUGCUCUUCUGCGUACCGCUGUGGUAAUGCGUGGUUGUUCCAGUUACUGUCAGCGUUACUGUCUAACGAGGCGUCUUCGCCCACGUACCCUCCGCUCACUGGCGGGUCCCUCUGCACCAUUCCCUGUAAACUCAGAUCACUUUCAUUUACUCCCUGUUCUGAUGUUUGGUCUGAACAAGAGCCGAACCCCUUGACCGUGUCUGCAUUGUUUAUGCAUUGAGUUGCUGCCACACGAUUGUCUGAUUAGACUUGCACGGGUCUAAUAAAGUCUAAUAGAGUGGUCACUGAGGAUGGAAAGAGCAUGACAGUGAUUAGGAUUGGAUUUGAACUUCUACUGAAGAAUCCGCAGUACAAGCGGCAGUGAAAUAGCAAACCGAGACGUGUUGUGUUACAUUACAUUACAUUACAUUACAUUACAUUACACUACAUUACAUUACAUUACAUUAUUGGCAUUUUGGCAGACGCUCUUAUCCAGAGAGACGUACAGUUGAUUAGACUAAGCAGGAGACAAUCCUCCCCUGGAGCAAUGCAGGGUUAAGGGCCCAACGGCUGUGCGGAUCUUAUUGUGGCUACACUGGGGUUAGAACCAACAACCUUGCGUGUCCCAGUCAUUUACCUGAACCACUACAGGCCGCCCCUUAUGUUUGUGUGUAUGUGUGUGUGUGUGUGUGUGUGUGGGGUGUGAAAGGGCUUCAGCAAGAGUCACCCGGCCUGACACACACACUCCCUCCGUAUCUGCGUGUGAAUCUGCGGACGCAAACUGUGAACAUCAGCGCUCGAUGUCUGACAGAUGCCCUUCGUCACCGCGUAGACACGUCAGCGUCAACGUCGCGUUGUCUACUCUCUCGUGCCGACACGUGCUGGCAGAUCUUUCAGUCCGCUAAAAACCAGAUCAGCGCUGGAAGUCACAAGAGGACGGGGGUUCAUUCAAGAACGCCCCACAGAGGCACAAAUCUGGAACAGUUACGUUCAGUUUUCAACUCUGUCUUAUUUGUACAGCGGUUUUCACAGAAGACCCUUUCAGAGUAGCAGAAGGGAGGAGAGGACAGGGGCGAACUCCCUGAACGGAGCGGUGUUAUGCUUUGCGUGGUUUUAUGAGCCCACAACCAAUCUGCGUGUCUACAACCUGAUGUUUUUAUCUUUCUCUCUCUCCCUCUUUCCCUCUCUCUUUUCAUGGCAUGGCCUCUCCCUCCCUUUCUCCCCCCUCUCUCCCUCUCUCUCCCUCUCUGUCACUCUGUCUGCAGGAUAUGCAGAUAUACACCAGAUGUUGCAUCAUCAAAAAGAUAUAUUUGGUUUGAUUUACUCCGUUCGGCGGAUUUCCUCCUCUUUGUUGCCUCUCUCAGUCAAUACGACCAGUUUGAAUCGAGUGCCACUCUCCCUGCCCCUGUCCAGCGAACAGAAUUCCGAGAACCUCCUGAGGAUGAACUUAAAGAUCUUCAAGCAGAUUAUCAGCAACCACUUCUUCCGUUCCAUGCCUCUCAUCCUCUUCCUCAACAAGAAGGACGUCCUGGCCGAGAAGAUCCAGACGUCCCACCUGCAGACCUACUUCCCCGAAUUCACAGGGAAGCAGGGUGAUGCUGAAGCAGCCAUGGACUUCAUCAGGGGCCUGUUCCUGAGUAUCGUGAUCGCGGAAGGGAGGCUCGUGUGUGUCCACUUCACCUGCGCCCUCGACCCGGGGAACAUUCGCCAGGUCUUCUGCGAUGUCAAGGACAACGUGCUCGCCUGUGAACUGAGCUUCUCUAGUGACAUCUGACCUGUGACCUCUGACCCUGCUCUUCUUCUAUUCCAUUCCAGCACCGACCGGUGUCGCCACGGUGACGGACAUUACUAUAGGGCAGGGGUCGGUAACCCUGGAUCUGGACCCUGAUGUUCCAGAAACGUUUAUGCUGCUAACGUGACGUUUAGCUAUGGGCUUGUAUUACGGCAGCGAUUAUCUCUGGCAACUCUGAAUUCAGAUCCAGUUCUUUUCUCCCAGGUAAUUAGUGCUACCAAGGAUGUGAGAAUUUCAAGAUUUUCUCAUUUCAAGAUUUGCUAACAGGGGUGAGAAAAUUUCACUUGGCAAGCAAACAAGCUAAUAUUUUUCUAGAGAGAGAAAAAAAGAAACUUUUUUUGAAGAUGCCAUUAUGUGUGUAUGUAUGUAUUACGGGUGACCUCUGACCUGUGACCUCUGACCUGCUCUUCUUCUACUGUGCCAUACCAGACAAUACUACGUGUCCUCAGACUCAUUUUCUCCCCGUCCCUCUACUGUGGCUCCUCAGGUUAUGCAGGUUAUGCAGGUUAUGUCGACAAUGCAGAAUCCAUUCUACAAUAAACAGAACUUCAUUACUCUC